AUGGUAGGGAUGCAUGAUCUUUGUGGUCAAAUUAAGGUUACAUCAUCAGUUAUGCAGCGAGCUGAAGCAGUCCAAGAAACUCUUGAUGCCAAGUUUCCUAGUUUUGUCAAGCCAAUGAUCCGAUCUAAUGUUAAAAAAGGUUUCUGGCUGUCUCUUCCAAGGCUAUUCUGCAAGCUUCAUUUGCCUGAUCAUGACACAACAAUUGUUUUGGAGGAUGAGAAUCGUAAAGAGUACAUCACGAAAUAUCUUGCUCAAAGAAGGGGCCUUAGUGCUGGAUGGAUGGGCUUUUCAAUUGCACACAAGUUAGUUGAGGGAGAUGUUCUGGUAUUUCAUAUGGUUAAUGCCAACAAACUAAAGGUAUACGUAAUAAGAUCCAGUCGUUUGGCCGAAGUUGAUGCAGCUCUUUGUCUUUUGCAAUUAGAGGGCCCUGCAACGGGAAACGAAUCUGGACAUAGAGGCGAUGAUUGCGGAGAUCCCCAACCUACUGGAGAAAAGAGUAAAAGUUGUUCACAACCAGAGUGCGAGAACAUUUCUGACAAGGAUAUGCUAGAUAACAAUUUGGGGCUGGUGAUGGGUCGUCCUGAGAGCAUUGACGAGCACCUUCAGCUAGCUCUGGAAGGAAGAAGAGGCUCCUUUUCUGGUCUUCACUAUCGAGAUUGA